UAACUAGAUAAAUAUUUUUUUUGAAUAGAAUCAAGAAUUUCUAAACUAUUUAAUUAUAAAAACUGAUUGUAAUUACGCAGUCUUGAUGACUAACCUGUAAAGUAAUGACACGGGAUAACAGUGUUGAGAACGAAGGAACAACUGCGGGACUAAAAUGGACGUGUUUAAAAAUUAUUGCAUUCAUUAUAAUCGCUAUUAUUAUCAUAUAUGUAAUCGUCGUCAGAUUAACAUCUUCAGAUCGAACUACUACUAGUAUAAGAAUUCCAUUUCAAAUAUGGCAUCCUGACGACGAAGACUUGAAAUCUCACAAUAACAUUUCUCGGUCAGACAAAUUUCAUAAAUUAGGUGAAAGAUUGUCCUCUUCUUUGGAUCACAGUGUGUCUCCGUGUGAUGACUUCUAUAAAUUUGCCUGUGGAAAUCGGUUUAAAAACAUUAAAAUCUCGGAAUCAAUAAAUGAAUUUCAAAUACUUCAAUUCAAAAUAUAUUCUACAUUAAAAAAUAUAUUUGAAAGUAAGUUACCAAACUUACCACACGCUGUACAGCAAGCAGUGACUGCCUAUAAAAGCUGUAUAAAUGUUAAACAAUUAGGAGGUUGGCCAUUGGGUAAUUUUCACUUUAAUGAAAGAAAUUACGGUAUAAUUCGUGGUAUUGCUGUUGGGAUUAAAAAGAUGGGUGUGAUGCCAUUGAUCAAAUUUUCAGUUUUACCUAACGACGAAAAUACGAUGGAAAAUCUUGUAACAUUAGAUGGGCCAGAAUUGACAAAGAUUGAUAUAUCAAAUAAUGAAGCAGCAUUAUUACUGCUUUCAUUGGCAGAGAUGCUUGGAGAAAAGAAUAAGAAUAAAAUAACUGAUGAUUACCUAGAAAUGAUUGAACUGCAGAAAUUAAUUACAAAUGCUAUUCAGAAUUCAACAAAAAACUCUCCUUCUAUUAAAAUAACAAUGGGAGAAUUGGAUAAAAUGUUUCCUAAGGUAAAUAUUAUUGAGUUAUUGCAAACUAUAACAAACGACUCGCUUGAAAAUGACUUCAUAAGGCCCGAUGAUAAAAUUGCCGUUAACAAUAUAAUAUAUUUGUCAACAAUUUUGUCUUCCAUUGAAAAUGGAAACAUAUCAAAAAGGGCACUUGCAAACUACAUUGGGUCAAAUCUUAUACUAAGCAAUCCAUUUCUGGUUAUUUCUUAUGUUCAGUUAGCCAAUAGAAGAGUUAAACGAGAGAUUAUUAAAUAUACUUCUGAAGAAAAUUACUGGAUUUCAUGUUUAGUUCUGACGACAAACACGCUUAGUUUUGCUGUUGAUUAUUUAUAUAUAAAACAACAACGCAAUGAUCCGGACUUGUUAAUUCAAAAACAGACUGAAAUGAUAUCUUUCCUUCGUGAAGCAUUUGAAAAAUUGGUAAAGAAAUCGGUAUGGCUAGACAAUGAAACUCUGACAACGAUCCUAAAAAAGUUACAUUCAAUGAGAGAUUUAAUUAAUUACCCAGCUUGGAUAAUGGAUUCUAAGAAACUGAAUGAUUACUAUCAAUCUUUGCCAACAUUGAAUAAAGAUUUUGCUGAAAAUCUCAUAAAUUUAAAAGUGUUUCGUUUGGAAAAGAAUAUAAAAUUAUUAAGAAAAAAUAACACAAGUUGGCCAGAGAAUUUCCUUUCAACUACGAUUGUAAAUGCGGCAUAUUUGUUGGAAAGAAAUAAAAUGUAUAUUCCACUUGCUGUACUAAAUUAUCCGUUUUUUGAUCUAGAUGCUCCUUGGUAUUUCAAUUUUGGAGCACUUGGAGCUAUUAUUGGACAUGAAAUCACACAUGGAUUCGAUAUUGAAGGUAGUAAGAGAGAUGAAACAGGAAGUAUCAGAAACUGGUGGACUGAGAAAUCAAAGCAAGAAUAUGUCAAACGUACAAACUGUCUGAAAGGAAAAUAUAAUAAUUAUGUUAUUCCUGAAACGAAUCUCAAAAUCAAUGGAAGUAAAACAUUGUCAGAAAAUAUAGCUGAUAGUAGUGGAAUCCAACAGGCAUUUUUGGCGUAUAAAAAUUGGGAGGAAAAAUAUGGAAAAGAAUUAAGUCUUCCACAUAUGACACAGUAUUCUCCGUAUCAAAUAUUAUUUAUUUCAUAUUCUCAAAUCUGGUGUUCAAAAUCAAGUGAAGAAUUUAAAAAGACAGUAUUAGAUAAAGACGUUCAUUCUCUUAAUAGAUAUAGGGUUAUAGGUCCACUUUCCAAUUUUGCCAGUUUCUCCGAAGUAUUUCAAUGUAAAGAUGAUUCAUUAAUGAAUCCUGCUAAAAAAUGUGUUGUAUGGUAACGUUCGUUGUUGAAUUGCAAGAUUUCAAGUUCUAUUUUACAAGAUUGCUGUGUUAAUCAAUUCGCAUCUAAUUAAACUCGUUUUAUAUUUAUCUUAAUUUAUUAUUAUUAUUUUUAAAUUCUGAAACUGUGUCAAACAUCAGUUCUGAAAUAAACUGAUUAAAUGCAAAAGUAUGCAUCAUAAAGGCUAAAGUUUCAAAAAUAAAUUUUUCGUUUUCGUUCUUUUGUUCGUUUAAACAAACAAAAUUAAGUUCUUUUCGGAUGUAAUGGGAUAUAUUCAGACCAGUCUCGACAAAGAAACUCUUUGUUUUUAAUUACUAAUCUAUAUAAUUGACAUCUGAAUAAAUAAUAUACAUGUAUAUUUAAUUUAAAUAGGUAUGAAACUUGCACAAAUUUUCAGCACAGUU